AUGACCUCUCUGACUGAAUCGAAAGCCCACUUCGCCUCCCGCGCAAAGGAGAUAGGAGUGAGCAGACAAUGCUUGAGAGCAUUAGAGUUGGCAGGGGUGGAGGCCAUGGGAACCUUGGCAUACUCUCACGGUCAACCAGGCCAGGCCAUAGAUGAGGCGAAAUUCUCAGAAUGGCUGAACAAUGUUCUCGGUGCAGCGCCUUCCCUGGGAGAAUCUGCAUCCAUGAAAAGAUUGUUGUUCGAGAGCCAGACUUUGGUAUUGGCCUCAUUAAAAGAACAAGUCACUGGAGUGGACCAACCCCAUGGGAAGAAGAUUCCAGAUGCAGAGAGAGAAGAGAGACUUGCCGGAUUGAAAGCGUCAUUGACUGGAAUCCUCAUAGAGGGCCCGCUGGAGCCAAGCCACUCCCUGCUACAGCUUUGCGUGCAUCAGAGAGAAGUAAACCAGAUCUCCUACAUUGCCAUCCGCACGCAGCGCGAGGCUUUGGAGCUGCAGAUCGAGGCUUUGGACAAGCUCGAUCGGGCCUGGCAGCGCAUCGCCACGACGGACGCCAGCGGCGACGAAUCGCCUUUUGGUACGACGAUUCCAGACGAAGCGCGCGCCCGCAGCCGCUCCCCACGGAGGCCCCUUUGGAAUUUGGAAGAUGACCAGCUUGGUCGAUUUGAUGCGGCCAAAGAUCCCGAUUUUAUUGCUUUUGGAGCUGGAGACAUUCCAUUGAUUCCAGAUGAGGUGCAGAGGGAGACCGCGGCAUUGAAUUUUCUAGAGUCGAUGAGAUUUAUCGACGGGGUAGCCAAGUUGAUCAAGUGUGACUUGAAAGACGUCUUGUCCCCUCGGGUAAUUGGGCUAGCCCAUAAGUUGUACUUAGAAAAGAGGCCCCUGCUGCAGAGAGAUCCGAUGCCAGGAAAUGUGAUUGACAAGUCGGAACGUCUGAUGCUGGAAAAGAAAGACCCAGUGCAGGUGGUGAUCCUUGGACAGGCAAAAGAGGUCAAGACCAGAUUCCUGCCGCUCGUCGCCAUUGGGACAGGCCUGUCUGGAUUCGAUGGGGGCGCAAAAUGGAUCCGUGCACGGCAGGAACAGUUUUCCGAGGCCCAAUCCCCUUUCUUGCCCAGCUUCUCAUGUAAGUAUGGGAUUUGGUCAUCCAGCCCUAUGGGGUCGUCAGAGGCCAUGAUGUAUCUAGAAGAUUUUCUUGACGAGAUUGAGGUGUCGCUGGCUUCGGAGGCCUACACGACUUUGUACGGAAAGGUGUUGGCAAUGUUCAGAAGCUAUCGCGCAGGCGAAUUCGAUCCUGAUUCUUCGGCGGUGGACAGGGUUCUCCAAACGGCCGCUACAUGGGUCAGCGCGGGGGAGGUAGUCGUGCGCAAGAAGUCAGGCAUUGCUCAUUGCUUGUUGGACAGCAGCGCGACAGUAUGCGGACCUCAUUUGUCUCCAAAUUACGGCCCGCUCGAAUUGUUUGAAGCGUAUGACUUGGAACGCUGCUUACAGUGCGGCAAGAAGUUGGACACUCAUGAUCAUCCAGAGUGCUUCAAGAGAAAGAUAAAAAUGGCCGAGCUUUCGGAAGAUCAAUUGAGAGGCACUGCUAGAUGGAGGAGGAAAGCCUUGAUUGCGAGAAGACCUCAGACCGAGGAGCCUGGAUUCGCAGAGCACCUGAUGGAGACGGCUGAGGAGGAAGUGGAUCUUGGUUUCUUGCAGGGCCCCUUUAAGUCCGAAGACGAAGUGUCGGCUGUUUUGGGCCAUGAUGAUUGGAGUGUGAUGAGGAGGUUUGUUAUCCAACAAGGACCAAAACUAAGGCCCGUUGACGACGGGCUUGAGGCCCAGUUGAACGCUGCCUACACGUCCACGAUUUGCCUAGAACUCCAAGACGCCGACUAUGUUAUAGCCUUGACAACCCUCUUGGGAGAAACUCCAGCCUGCUAUUUCGAUGAUUUCCCCUUGUUCUCCCCUGCUGAAUCGGCAGAGCAAACAGAUGCUCAGAUUUUGGAGUUCCUAAAUCUCUUGGGCUGGCGCCGUAGCCAGACGGGGGCCAAGGGGCUGCCGUUCGCUGAUAGCUUUGAUGUCUUGGCCUUCACCCUGAACCUCGCCCUGCUGAGGGAGGGGGGAGGCUUGAUUCUGGAGAAUAAGCCCGGGAGGAUCGAAAAGAUGAAGCAGAAAGUACUGCAGGUGAAAGUGAAUGGAGUCCUCAAGCUCCAUGAGGCCCAGGAGCUCCACGGGCUUUUAAACUUCGCUUGCGGGUACUUUGCCGGAAGGCAGUUGAGGUAUGAUCUUUGGUUUCGUUGA